UUUCCCGGGACGCCGGAAGCACCAGCGCGGAGCUCCUGACCCGCGGGGCCGAGCGGCCUCGACAAUGGCGACGCAGGCGAAGCGCGGACGGGUGGCGGGGCCUGUGGGCGGCGGCGACGCGGACCCGGACCCGGUGGCCGGUUUCCUGAGCUGGUGCCGGCAGGUGGGGCUGGAGCUGAGUCCCAAGGUGGCGGUGAGCCGGCAGGGCACGGUGGCCGGCUACGGCAUGGUGGCCCGGGAGAGCGUGCAGCCCGGGGAGCUGCUGUUCGCCGUGCCGCGGGCCGCGCUCCUGUCGCAGCACACCUGCUCCAUCGGCGGCCUGCUGGAGCGAGAGCGAGGCGCGCUGCAGAGCCAGUCGGGCUGGGUGCCGCUGCUGCUGGCGCUGCUGCACGAGCUGCAGGCCCCGGCCUCGCCCUGGAGCCCCUACUUUGCGCUCUGGCCGGAGCUGGGCCGCUUGGAGCACCCCAUGUUCUGGCCCGAGGAGGAGCGCCGGCGACUGCUGCAGGGCACAGGUGUACCGGAGGCCGUGGAGAAGGACUUGGCCAACAUCCGCAGCGAAUACUAUUCCAUCGUGUUGCCCUUCAUGGAAGCCCACCCUGAUCUUUUCAGCCCCAGGGUCCGCUCCCUGGAACUCUACCGCCAGCUCGUGGCUCUUGUGAUGGCCUACAGCUUUCAGGAACCACUGGAGGAAGAGGAUGAUGAAAAGGAGCCAAACUCCCCUUUGAUGGUGCCUGCUGCAGACAUACUAAACCAUUUAGCCAAUCAUAAUGCCAAUCUAGAAUACUCUCCAAAUUGUCUUCGGAUGGUGGCCACUCAGCCCAUUCCUAAAGGCCAUGAAAUUUUCAACACUUAUGGGCAAAUGGCUAACUGGCAACUGAUUCAUAUGUAUGGUUUUGUUGAACCAUAUCCUGACAACACGGAUGACACAGCUGACAUUCAGAUGGUGACAGUUCGUGAAGCAGCAUUACAGGGAACAAAAGCUGAAGCUGAAAGGCUCCUACUGCAUGAACGCUGGGAUUUCUUAUGCAAACUGGAGAUGGUUGGGGAAGAGGGAGCCUUUGUGAUUGGGCGUGAGGAGGUACUGACUGAAGAGGAACUAACCACCACACUCAAGGUCCUAUGCAUGCCUGCUGAGGAGUUCAGAGAGUUUAAAGCGAAGGAUGGAUGGGGAGAUAAUAAAAGGGAAGACGACAGCUUGACAAUCACAAAUAUCCCCAAUCUCAAAGAAUCAUGGAAACAGCUUCUUCGGAACAGUGUUUUGUUGACCCUGCAAACCUAUGCCACAGACUUAAAAUCUGAACAAGAUUUACUCAGUAACAAGGAGGUCUACACCAAACUCAGCUGGAGGGAACAGCAGGCCCUGCAGGUUCGCUAUGGUCAGAAGAUGAUCUUACAUCAGUUGUUGGAACUGACAACUUAACAGGUUCCGUGUUGCCUGAAGGAACAUCGAUGAGAAGAACUUUAUUCAAAUGUUCACUGAUGGUUGAAAAAAAGGAAAAUGUGGAUCUUUUGCUUUUCCUUUUAUUAAACACCAAAAGGAAAAGGAGCAGAGGUGGUGUGCUAGGGUUAACUCUGAGGUAAGGGUGAACUGUGACUGGGCACAGCAGACUUGGGAAUUGCUGAUGGUUUACUAAGACCAAUAAAUCUUUUAACUGCUUUAUUCUCAGUUUGAACCAGAGUUAGCAGAAAUGUGACAGUAUUAAGGUCUUCAUUGUAGUCUAGCAUUUAGUAAAAAGGAGACCUGGGUCUCAAUUUUGAGCAAGCUUUUUUCCAAGACUUAGUUUCCUGUUCGAGGGUUUGACGAGCUAUGGCCCUGGCACUCAGCAGUCUGAGGUUUGCUCUAGAUGGCACAACUCACCCUUAAGGACAACUCACCCUUAAGGGAAGAAACCCUAAGACACCAAUGACAUUCAAACCUUACUUGUUAAAAUUUCUAUUUAAUCUUGAACCUUUUUGUCCUCUGUGGCCAUGAAACUUGACAAUCAUUAAAAGGUGUAUUUUAAGUGGCAUAAAUUUUAAAUAUAUCAAAAUACCAUGAGAAAGGGUAAGGAAAAUGUAAUUCUUUAACCAAAGAAACCUGCUCCAGUGAUUUUUCUGUUGAAACAUGCCAGAUUAGCAGGAAAGAUCUAUCAUUCAGCAAGAAGUGAUGUUUCCCAAUGGCCCCAGGCUCUGUGAGCCUGAGUGGUCCACUUUCCUCCUCACCACCAGCACUGGCUGCUGCUACUGAGAAAGGCACAGUGGACUCACGUGUGUGUCAUGACUUUAAUGUUUGACUACAGUAUGCAUACACAUACAAGGGAGCUAGAGCCCAGGAACUAGAAAGGCUACAAAAUACAACACGUGGACCAAUACAUUUACAAAACAUUCAAAAUCCUUAAAAAAGGGGCUGUAUUGGUCCUUUUGACUUUGUUGUUCAACAUAGCCUAUACGGCUAUGCACUGGGAUGAUGGGGAAGGGCAGUUCAUACACUAUUAGUCCCCUUUCCCACAAUUUACAAGUAUGAGGAGAGAGCCAGGGACACUUUUAGGUGUGGUCUGGUUUCCCUUUAUAAAAAGAGCUGACUGCAUCUCGGGGCCUAAGGGGGUAGUUCUCCAGUAGAAAUGAGAAAAUGAUGCUCUCCCAGCAGUCAGCUUUAGAUCUGGGGAAGAGGCAGAACAAAAAUCCAUGGGAUCUCAAUUGUGAGCUCUUCCCAUGUUCCCUAAGCAUACCAAAUAGUAGCACAUACACGUAUUUAACAACUUUAUGAUUUUCCGGGUCCCCUGUCCACAUUAAAAAAAUAAGUUACACAUUAUUUAAACUGGCUUUUUUGCUAUUCUUUGGGACACCAGGAAUGUCAGAAGACAUGGAGCUAUGUUAUAUCCCCAGACAAGUGCAUGGCGUCAACAGCCUUUCAGUUACAAGCUGGGCAGGUACCAAGUUUAUCUACUUGCCUUGGACACAUUUUGCACAAACCCAAGAAGUUCCAGACAAAGGUUUUAUCUU